GUGGAGGACGAGGGGAGAACGCGCGCGCGCUGCCCGUCGUGCGACGUCUCCGGCACUCCACCAACCCCACGGCGCCCUCCGCUGCCGAGGUUGCGGAACCAAUUGACGGAGACGCCGAAAAGCCCCGCCUCCUCCUCGCGGUGACCUCACAGCUCUUUAUCUGUACCGUCCCUCCCGCCACUCUGGGGACGGCGUCCAAUCCGGGGCGGGGAUGGCGGCGGCGGGGCGGUCCCUCGGCCCUCCGUGACGUCGUGGCCCCGCCCCGCCGCCCGGCUGCCCCCUGAGGCGCUUGGCAGCGGGCAGCGAGAGAGAGUCACUCAGCCAGUGGCAGUCAGCCUGCCUGCCUCGCGGCGAAGCCCCUGCUCUGCGUCCUCCUUCCCCAUUCAGCGGCUCGCGGGGUCGUCGUGCUUCUCCGUCCUCAGCCCCCGAGCAACAUGGAAAGUGCGGCGGGGGGAGCCGAGUUCAACAUUCUCCUGGCCACCGACUCCUACAAGGUUGGGGGAGAGAGGAGGGUCUGGGGCGGGAGGGGGAGGCCGGGCAGGCGGGCGGGCGGGCGGGCGAGGGGCUCCCCUGUGGCCCCUUCGGGAGGGAGGCUGGCUGGGCUCUCCCCGCUGCCUUGGGCUUCUCCCCCCCCCUCCUUCCAGGCUCCUUUCUGUUUCGUGUUCCUGCCUCGCACCCCGCCCUCGCCAGGCCAGGCACCGGGCCAGGACGGGGCUGGGGCUGCCUGCAUGGCGAGGGGGGGCCCGGAGCUACGUGUGGGGCGGCUCGCAGGCCAUGCCCCCAUGCAGGAGGCUGUGAGGGGGUGGGAAAGCCGCCCCGCUUGGCCUUUGCCCUCCUCUCCUGCGCGCGCUCUUUCACCGGGCUCGCCUUGGUUUAUGCAAUGCAAAGCAAAGCGCAGGCUGAAGCUCGCGGUCCUUUGUACACUUGGUAGCUCGCCUGCAAGGGGCUGUUUUGUUUCUUGAGGGCACAAUUGUCAGCUCUGAUGGCUUGGUCUGGACAUUGGAGUCCGGCGGGGGGUGCUGUUGCCUCCUAUCCACCCCAUUGAAUGUGUCAAGUGGUAUAUAAUUUUAAGGGAGAAGGGAGGGAGCGACAGUGAAGCUCCUUGCUUCUUUUGGAGUGCAACAUCUCUCCCUCCCUCACAUAUCCUUACGGGUUUAUUAUCCACACAUGCUGAUAUAGGUGGAGGGUGGGCAGGAGACAGUGGCUUUACUCCUUCUGCCCCCUCCCUUUAUGCUUUGUGCUGAGAAGCUUCUAGUACGUAAUAGGCAAGUGCAGAGAGAGAAAAUGGGGCAAGAUAGAAAGUGACACCUGUGGCAUGGAGGAGAUGCCGCCCCACUGUAACUCCUACUGCACUUGGCUCUUUCAUCUCACUUCCAAAUUCUUGCAGGGGGAAUGCAAUGAUAGUGAAACACCUGCCUCCUUCACUUACUAGACUUGUGGGAAGCGCUAAUUUUAGUUCUCUGGUGGCAGGAAAGGGAGUGUUUCUGAGGAAAGGUAAUCUUUGCAGGCAAACUGACUUAACACUUAUCUGAUAGUAGAAGUACCAGGUUUCUGUUUGGGAAAGAACCUGGUCAAAGUAAGCAUGCUGUUUGCUUUUUAUCAAGAUAGUAGAUUCUAGCUACUAUCUGUACAGAACUUAACAGCUCUGAAAGCGUCACUUAUACUAUUGGUAUUUCCUAUACUUUCGGUAUUUCCUAACUGUUACAAAAACAGUACAGUGUUGUAGAAAAACAAAAAAGAGGAGGUUAAUGAGAAAAGAUAAGGAAGUUAAGCUCUUCCGGCAAGGUUUUAAAUCACAGGGUUUUCGUUUGGACUCAUUACUGGUUUAGCUAUCCUUCAGCAUACAUAUAUUUGUUUCUUAGCAAGACCUGCCUUUGGUGCAUAAAUGGUUGGAUUAUAAUUACAGUAGUGAUAGUACUACCCAAAGUUUAAUUCUGUUACACAUUUGUCAGUCUUUAAAAACUUGGAGCUGUAUAUGGUGGUAGAUCAAGCAUUGUGAAACUGAAACCAUUAAACCAGUCGUACAGUUGUUACUGAUGAUAAAAGCAUUAAAAUAGCCACAUUGAUUUCAGGGGAAAGUUCUUCUAGUGGGAAACUAUGACCAAUUUAUGGAAUUAAAAUAAAUGAUAAAUGGAAAUAAUUGGCUUAAAAUUAUAAUUUCAAAUGAUGCAUUUGAUUCAGAUUUGCUGUAGUGAUUUACCUGCUACAGGCAGAUAUCAGUGUAAUUUGCAAUGUAAUCCUUUACAUGUCUACUCAGAACUAAACCACAUUGAGUUAAGUGCAACCUCAUAGGUCAGUGAGUAUAGGAUUGCAGCCUUAAUUGCUAGAUUGUGCCCUGCUAGAAACAAUGACUAGCUUUUACGGGAAUAGCAGUGAAAGAGAUCCUUCUGUUAUGUAUAAGGAGUCUCCUAAUCUUUGCCCAAGAGACUUUGUCAUUUAACAGUAAAUGAAAGCAAUUCAGAGAGAGCCUUAUGCUACUAUAGUAUCAAAUAGCAAAGGUUGUUUAAAUCGUGCUUUCAAGUGUUCAAAGCACUUCAUCUGUAUUUAGCUGUAAUCCUUACCAGCAACCCUAUAAGGUAAGUCAGUAUUGCUAGGCCCCCAGAUUGCAGCUGGACUCAAAAGAGAGAGGCAGCUAGAUGCCUGUGGGCAUCUAGUGAAUUCAGAGUGAAGACUAGAUUUGAAUGGACUAGUCUUGUUUACUUACAGUACCCCUGUAAUCCCUGCCUUAGCAAUCUUCAAUAGCAUUGUACAAAGCCCUACACUGGUUACUGCUAAGAGUCUAGUAGCCUUCUUUCCAUGCUGACCCUGAAGGAAGGAGAGCCUUUCACCAGUAACCAGCAUAGAAACACAGACUGCCAGUAAAAAAAGCCCACUCCCAAGUGAAUUGCUGAAGGAGUGAUGGACAGAUCCCUCCAACCUCCACCAGCCUGAUCACUUGCCUGCAUGGAAUUCUUGGUUGCUGGGGUUGUGGCGCUCAUCUCGCUUUAUUGACCGAGGGAGCCGGCGUACAGCUUCCGGGUCAUGUGGCCAGCAUGACUUAGCCGCCUCUGGCGAACCAGAGCAGCACACGGAAAUGCCGUUUACCUUCCUGCCAGAGCGGUACCUAUUUAUCUACUUGCACUUUGACGCGCUUUCGAACUGCUAGGUGGGCAGGAGCAGGGACUGAGCAGCUCCCCGUCGCGGGGAUUCAAACCGCUGACCUUCUGAUCGGCAAGUCCUAGGCUCUGUGGUUUAACCAACAGCGCCACCUGCGUCCCGCUGAUUUUAUUUAUAGCAGACCUAAUUGCAGUUCAGACAGAUUCGUCAGCCUCUACUAUCUAGAGAGGGAGAUAGUUAUGAAUCAAGGAUGGAAGGGAAGCAGUACCAUCACGUUGUGUGUGUGUGUGCAGAUGCUUAGGGAAUUUUGAAUUCUGAUCUGAGGUGAGCUGAUCUGCACCCCCACAGCUGACUGGAACUUAGUUAUCCACCAGGGUUUGCACUUUCUGAAUGUUUCUGACAAAGUUUUCAGCACAAAAAAUGCUCUUUUUAAUAGAAAAUUGGUUUAGAAAUCUAUUUGAAGAUAACACAUUUGAACAUGUGUAUUUAAAUAGCUGUUUAACAUGAAUUUUCACGCACAUUUGUCUAAAAUGUAGAAUGUGGAAAUGGUGUGGGCUUAUGAAUGAAGAAAUGUGAAAAUGGCAUAGACAUUCAAAUUAGAGAAUUUCUGUGUAUAUGCACUAGUGAAGAUUUAUCACCAAAGACAUUUCAUUUGUACAGACAUUUGGAUGGAGGCUAAGAAACUUGUAGAGUGCAUGUGUACUGAUCAUUUUAAAAAACGUGCUCCAAACAGCUGCCUGAAAGGCAAAAUAGAGGCAACUGGCAUUUUAACCUGGGUACAUGUACCAGUAUAUAGGAACAAUUAAAAAUUAAUGUCGGUGUGCCAUAAACAAAAAAACCCCAAACAAAUGGUUGCCCUAUGGACCUUACAGUCUAAAUUUUUACACUGGGAAGGCAACAUGCAGCUAAUAUGAGGUGAUAAAUGUUUUAGAGGGAUCUGAAGAAGAUCUAUAAAAAACACUUUAUAGAUGUUCUUGGAGUUGCCUAAAAUUUAAAAGUAAGCUUAUCCAAGUUUAUUAUUUGUUACAUUUACAUUCCACCUUUUCCUCCAAGAGCUCAAGAUGAUGGUGUACAUGGUUCUCUCCCUCUUCCUUUAACCUGGUGAGGUAGUUGAGAUCAGAUAGGCUAGGCUGAGAGUGAUAAGACUGGCCCAGUGUCACCCAGCACACUUCAUGGCCAAGUGGGAAUUUGAAUCCUGGUCUUCCAGCUUCUAGUCCUACAUUUUAACCACUAUACCACACUGGCAGUCUUUUAAAUUCCUACAGAAAACUUAAGCAAACAUGUUAAGUUCAUCACUGAAAGUCAAGCAAGGAUGUUGGUUGAACUCCUUUAACAAGAGAUUGCCGCAAAACCAGACCUGCCACUGUGAAGGCCCUGCUCCAAGUCACUAGCACUCAGAACAGGACUUCCAUUUUAAUGGGUGGGAAGACUGUGCAAAGUCUUUAGCUGUGGGUUAAAACACUUGCAUUGCGCCAGAAAACUAACGGGUUGCCAUUGUGGUUAACACAAAGCAGGCGUUAACAUUCACGGUGCCUUUUCCCAGUUGAACAGAGAAGCUGCCAUGUUCUCCACUAGCUGGACCUUUCAAAUACUUUGGAAGGGAAGCCACAUAUGUGUUGGGUGGAUAAGAACACGAAGUUUGGCGCUGUGUUCCCUUGGAAGAGCAUUUGUGAGACAUCUUGCUCAUCUGAUUAGAAUGCUUUUCCUUUUAAUAUGGAGACUUUGUUGAUGCAAAUAAGUGAUUGUGAUUCACAGGAAAUAUAAGACACUAAACUAAACACAUUACCUGAUUACAGAUGACCUUAAUUUCCCAAGAUUUAUAAAAUUUUGUAGUUUGGGUUAAACCAACUCGCUGGCAUACAGCAGCACAUUUAUUAUUUAUUUGAAACAUGUUUGCCCCAAUCUUUUGCUAUAAAGGGUUCCAGAGUGGCUUACGAAGAUCAGUAGGAAAAUAGUAAAAAGGUAAAGGUACCCCUGCCUGUACGGGCCAGUCGUGACCGACUCUGGGGUUGUGUGCUCAUCUCGCUUAAGAGGCCGGGAGCCAGCGCUGUCCGAGGACACUUCCGGGUCAUGUGGCCAGCGUGACGAAGCUGCUCUGGCGAGCCAGCGCAGCGCACGGAAACGCCGUUUACCUUCCCGCUAUAAAGCGGUACUUAUUUAUCUACUUGCACUUAGGGGUGCUUUCGAACUGCUAGGUGGGCAGGAGCUGGGACCAAACAACGGGAGCUUACCCCACCACGGGGAUUUGAACCGCCGACCAUACGAUCGGCAAGUCCUAGGCACUGAGGUUUUACCCACAGCGGCACCCGCGCCCCAGGAAAAUAGUAUCUGCCUUCAAAAUGACAGUCUGAAAGAUGUGACAUACAAGGGAAAGCGGUUGGGGAGGGAAGAGAGAAAAAGUAAGCUCACGAAAAAGUUCUGAAAGUUACAGUUCUUAAAACAACCAGCUAGAAUGGAAACAGUUGAGAUAGCCUCAUUACCUUCUGUGGCAGGCCCUAAGCAGUGGAAUUGUCUGUGACUGUCACCUUAAUUGUAUAGUUUGUGUUGUACACUGAAAAGACAUUUCAUCGCCCCUGAUCCUUGAAAUAUAGAUAUAUAUGAAAUAUAUGUAUUUUACUACCCACCUCGUUCUUGAUUAUAACCUGUUUUAACCAUUCGUAGUAUUGCAUAAUGAUCAGUGCCAUGAAGCUUUUAAUAUAAGCUGCAUAGUGCUCAUUAUUUGGCAUCACAUUCCAGACUGAAAAAUACUUCUAUUCACAUUCAAGGAAACUCCCUUGAUAUGGAGCUAAUUUGCUGAGUUCCUGUCUGUUUUUGCACUAAAAACACUCUUCUGGAUUCUGCAACUGGAAUGCUGUCUAGUUCAGAGAACAAUGUGCAGGCGUACAUAGUACUGCCUGAAAAAGUGUUUAAUCAGAGUUUUUGCAGAGUUUUGGAAAGCUUUUAAAAAUAUUCAUAUGUUUUUAGUCCUGAAAGGUUCCAUAUCACUUUACAUAGUUCAAGUAAGUUUAGGAUGAAAGCUUUAAAAGUGAACAUAGUAGCUCCCGGAUCAGAAAACUAAAUCCAAAAAGAUACUGUUUGCUAUCCAGAAAACAUCUAUGCUGUAGUGUGUGGACAUUCAGUUUUUCAAGCAAAGAUAGGCUUGGUUCGAGCAUCACACUAAACCAUACAUUCAAAGGAAGGUGCUCCAAAGCUCCCAUGUUAGUCCUCAGCUCCUGCCGCCUCUGUGCUGCUUAUGAAACAAAGCAGAGUCUGGCUUUGGUGGUCCGUACCCAAGCUCAUAGUUUGUUUCUCUGCAAACGUACAUGAGUGUCAAACCAGUUUGGUCCUGGCUCACUACUCUGUGGUUUAUUUGACAGAAACAUACGCUGAGCCUGGGUUCAGAUGAUUCAACAAGAUGCUUUGUUCAAGGUGUGAAGGCAGCAGGAGUGGUUACUUUUGAGUAGCACCAUGGUCUAUGGGAUGUGUGAGGAACAUGUAAGCAGCGCCAUGAUUUAAUGUGAUAUGUGAACCAUAGAAUGUAGUGAAAGAGCUUUCUUGUCAAGUGUUUUCAGUUUAGGCAUAUUCCUUAGAGUAAGACCUGGAUGUGACAUUUAAUCUUCAAAUAUGGCACUAAACAAAAAAUUCCAAACCUUGUGGAAUUCUUAAAACUUUUAAUAGCAUUCCAACAAACCUUCUGAUCUGUUAUUUCAGAGAAAGGUUGCUGGUGUUAGCUGUGGACUGCAAUUCAACCAAUUGUUGUAGCAAAUGCUACCUUUGGAGAUGACGGAACAAAAUAAUUCCCCAUUUUGUUUGUUUAAUAAAUUGGUGUCCUGCUUGUAGGGCUAAAUCAAACUCUUUAGAGUGGUUUGCUUAAAUUAACUCUAAAAUUAUGAAGUUGUUUACACAUUGUAAUACGCCAGUAAUUCAAAUUUAGGAUUUUUAGAAUUAAAAAAUCUGACUGAAAAUAUUUUCACUAUAUUAAUUUUUUUUUUACCAUUAUCAAACAUUCCCUUGCAGUGUUGGAAACCCAAAUAUUACAGCAUUGUGCUGGUGUGUCAGAAACAGAGAGUGAAACUGACCAGUCUAAUUCAUUUCCCAACCUGAGAGAAAUGCAAAAAAAUAAAAAAAGCAUAAAUGGUGGAAAGGAAAUUUGACUUUUAAAAAUCUUUUAAUCUACAGCUUUAGUUUGCAGGUAAGGGAAAAAUAAAAUGCUUUUAUCUUGAAAAUGUCAGAAGUACAUAUUAUAAAGUAAGCUGGGAAAUCUUUCUCAGAAGAGGUCCAUCAAAAUGAUGUUCUAUGUGUAAAAUUAUCCCAUUUUCAUGUCUUAUUAUAGAUUUGUUUUAGUUUCAAUAGAACGUUAGCAGAGUCAUUUAUUGAAAACUGUGUUGAUUAAAGUAUCAAUCAAAGCUCUUGUUUUUUCUUAAGCUUCCCGUAAUUUUAUAACCACUUAUAACAUUGUUGCAAUUGAGGGGGAAGAUAUUCUGUACCAUGUCAUUCAUUACCUGUGGUGUCACUAAUGUGGACAAUAAAAUUUGGUUAAUCUUUCUUCCCCUGCUUAUAUGGAGUUCUUAUGUGUAGCUGUGCAAUUUCCCCAGGAAGCACACGAUUGACGGGUGAAGUUUAAAAAGAGCUUGUUUAUAGACAAGACAAAGCACGUUAUAAUUGCUAUGCAAGUAAAAAUCACGCAACUGCACAUGGUGGUGGGUGUUGAGAUCAUACGGAUGUUCCACCAGAAUUACUGGUUGCAAGCAAACAUUUGGUUUGUGCUUGAAGGAAAACUUCUAAUAUGGAUAGCAAAAAUACUGCAGAUCACAGACAUUGCAGAUCACUGACACCUCUAAAGUCAGGCUCCUAUACUAGGUUUGACACUGGAGCCCCUAAGCAAAAAUUAACCAAACAUGUCGCUUUUCACAUUUGUUCAGAAUUCUGGUCAGUUUCACUUCUCAGUUAUGGAAAAGUUGUUAGAUAAGCAAGGUAGAAAAGGAACCCCAUAGGUAAUAUAGUAAUGGACAUUUUUGCUUGGUCAGCUGAAAACUGGACAGACAAAGGGAUGUCUGGUUGGAAAUCGUCUGUUCGAUAUGCUACAAGAGAAGCAGAGUGCUAAACUGCUCCUUGUUUUCCAAAUCCUGGAAAAGUUGAACUACUUCAAGCUUGCCAGGCUGAGCUGGAGGUGGAAGGGUGAAAGUGAUCCUCACUACAAUGUGUAUGGCACUGUCAAAGCUUGUUUGGAUAACCAUUUUGUAUGUGGUGAAAUGUUUUCUUACCCAAGUUUUUCUCAUUUUAGGUGACGCAUUAUAAACAAUAUCCACCCAAUACAAGCAAAGUUUAUUCCUACUUCGAAUGUCGUGAAAAGAAGACAGAAAACUCUAAAUUCAGGAAGGUGAAAUAUGAGGAAACUGUUUUUUACGGGUUGCAGUACAUUCUUAAUAAAUACUUAAAAGGUAUUUCAUAUUGGAAUUUUAAAUAAAAUUACUCAUCCAUUCUUUAACUUCACAACUUUUUUCGUGGAUCCUUUAAGCAGGAGCAGCUAUGAAGAUGUCUUCAUUCAUGAUAAAAUAACUAUCAAAGGGUAAUAUUGUUUGAUACUCUAAUGGUUGACUUAAUUUAAGACUUAAGUCAGGGGUGGGCGACUGGAUGUGGUCACUGGAUCCUAUUGUUGUUUUCCCCACCCCUCAGGGGCCAGGAAGAACUUUCUGAGAGGAAGAGCUGUUAGACUGUGGAAGCCUCUCCCUCAGAAGGCAGUGAACUCUGUUUCCUUGGAGGUUUUUAAGCAGAGGUUGGAUGGCCAUGUGCCAUGGAUCCUUUAGUUGAGAUUCCUACAUAGCUGGGGGUUGGACAAGGUCCUUUCCAACUGUGCAGUUCUAUGACUCUACAACAUAUUUAUUAAAAAAUGUUGAUAAAAUCAAAUGCUCAUUCUCUGCUGACCUUUCAGCAGCAGGCAAAGAUGUUUUAUUUAAGAGAGAUGGCCUUUGGCCUUAUAAGCUGAAAGGUAUGGCCUCAGUAAAUGCUGCAAUUUCUUCAAUUUACUGUUUUUAUUUAUAUGUUUGGUAAGAAAGUGGCAUACACAAUCUUUGCACAGAAUCUAAUUUUAAAAAUUAUCCCCAAAUAUGAUAGUGUAACUUGGAAAAGCAUUUUAUGGAAGUACUUUACAUUCUUCCAUAAUGUAAUAAUUCUUCCAAUACUUUACACCAGCUAGACUGGUGACUGGGAGUGGCCGCUGAGACCAGAUAACACCGUUCCUGAAGGACCUACAUUAGUUCCCAGGCACAAUUCAAAGUGCUGGUGCUGACUUUUAAAGCCCUAAGUGGCCUCAGCCCAGUAUACCUGAAGAAGCGUCUCCACCCCCAUCGUUCUGCCCGGUCACUGAGGUCAAGCUCUGAGGGCCUUCUGGCGGUUCCCUCACUGCGAGAAGUGAAGUUACAGGGAACCAGGCAGAAGGCCUUCUCGGUAGUGGCACCCGCCCUGUGAAAUGCCCUCCCACCAGAUGUCAAAGAAAUAAACAACUAUCUGACUUUUAGAAGACAUCUGAAGGCAGCCCUGUUUAGGGAAGUUUUUAAUGUUUGAUCUUUUACUGUGUUUUUAAUAUACUGCUGGAAGUCGCCCAGAGUGGCUGGGGAAACCAAGCCAGAUGGAUGGGGUAUAAAUAAAUUAUUAUUAUUUAUUUUUUUAUUUACAUGUGGAGCUGUCUGGUUUAUCAUAUCAGCUUCUGCAAGUACAGCGAUGAUAAUAUAUAUCUCUAUAACCUGGGUUAGGGUCAUCAUUUUGUCAUUGGCAUGCAACCAGGUUGUCAUUUUCUUGAUUUAUAUUGAUCAGCAUAGUGUCCAGAGACCCAAUCUGAAGGAAAAGCUUUCUGUUUGCCAUGGAUUGGAAUGGUAAUCUAAGAUUUACUAUGUGACAACUGCAACUUUCAUUCGAGUACAUGAAAUCGCUGUCAGGCUCAUCUGAUUACAGCCAAUGGGUCGAGAUAAGCAUGCUAUUUUUGCUGGUACAUUAACUGGCUAUUUGAUUUACUCUAUGCCCUAAUUGUAAAUCAUUCAUUUGAAAUUAAAUUGCACUUUAAGCAAUGGAAUCUGUUGUUGAGUAAGUAGUGUUUACAAUCUGGAUGCACCCAGCCCAAUCUGUGGCACGUUUACUUGGACAUAUAUCCUACCAAUUUCAUCAGGUCUUCUCCCAGCAGCAGCCCAACAAUGCAACCCUUUGCAUGUCUACUCAGACCUGCUCCAUUGAUUUAAUAGGGUUGCAUUCAGGUAAGUGGUAUAGGAACGCAAGCCUGUACGGUCCUGGAGAGAACGGCACUAGCCGUGGCCAAGAAAUCACAAUUUUUGCAUAGUUUGGCUAGUUUGUUUCCCUUCAGGACUUCCAUAAAACAAUAAAUGGCAAUGCCCAACCAACUUUUACAACAUAUUCUUAUGAUUCAGUAUUUUUUUUGAAAUUGUUAUAAAUCUUUAAAAAAUUUUCACCAUAGGCAAAGUGGUAACCAAAGAGAAAAUCCAGGAAGCCAAAGAGGUAUACAGGGAACAUUUUCAGGAUGAUGUCUUCAACGAAACUGGGUGGAACUACAUCCUUGAGGUAAAAAUGCGAAGACACAAACACACUAAACUGCCUAAUAUUAUCUGCUGACAGAUGCUUAGCUUCUUCAGUUUGAUAGGAAUAGCAUAGCUACCAUAUUUUUCGCUCCAUAGGGCGCACCUAGUUUUCAGAGGGGGAAAUCAAGGAAAAAAAUAUGACCCCCCCCCAGCUCUGGGAACAGCAGACAGGCUGCAGGCAGCCCGGGCGCUUUCCCCAGACCUUCUUCCCCACCUCCCGCAAAACCGGCAGAAGCAGCACGCUCUUUAAAAGGGCUGCACGGCUUCUCCUGGCUUUUCUGGGAGGUGGGGGGAUUCCCUCACCUCUCGCAAAAGCCUGCAGAAGCCUCGCAACCCCUUUAAAGAGCGCGCGGCUUCUCCUGGCUUUUCUGGGAGGUGGGGGAAUUCCCUCACCUCUCACAAAAGCCCAUAGAAGCCGCACGCUCUUUAAAGGGUGCGUGGCUCCUGUGGGCUUUUCUCCGAGGUGGGAGAAGGGACUGAUGCGGCCAGUCAGUCCCUUCCCCCUCCUGGGGAAAAGCCCGCAAGAGCGACGGAGCUUGUGUGCGGCUCUUGGGGGCUUUUCCCGCCUGCCUCCCCUCCUGCAUUCGCUCCAUAGGGCGCACACAAAUUUUCCCUUGCUUUUUAGGAGGGAAAAAGUGCGUCCUAUAGAGCGAAAAAUGCAGUACGUUGUUGGUAUUGGUUUUUGUGGGUUUUGGGUUUUUUAAUAGUUCAUAGAGCAAAGCAAUGCCUAUCCUUUACUGGGAGUUGGUACUGCACACAAAAAUAUGUGGGAAUUGGGCUUGGGGGUUUUUUUUGGGGGGGAGGAAUCCAUAUAGAAUUGAAAACGACACAUUUGGAAAGAGCAUUAUAAUCUUGUUCUAUUCCUUUUGACUGAUAGUAUAGAAAAACCAGUUGUUUUUUACAAUAUUAUAUUAAUUUAAAUUCAGAGGUGAGUUGAAACUGGGCAACAUGUUGAUGCACCAGCAAUUUGUCGGUGCCCUUCUAAGGAAGCUUACCCCACAGUUUGAAGGUACAGCCUUAAAUUCCCUUGUGAAAUCACUUGCUUUUAAAGAGGCACUGUGACUCAUGCACAAGUUCUGCAUGUGAGCUAAGCUUUGCUAAAUUUAAGUUAAAUCAAUUAUAAGCAUUGUAACUGAAAAAAGAAAAAGUAGUGUUUUUUGAAUCAAAUUUGGAAGUUGUGUAGCUUUGUACUUUGAUUAACCCCCAUUUAAAGGAAUAUACUGUCAAAUAAAAAAAUACUCAUGGAUACAAAACCUAUUUUUCACCCAAUGAAAAAGUCUUCAACCCCCUUUCCUAAUAAUUAUUGUAUCUGUUUACAGAAGUACGAAGGUUGUCUUCCCAUAGAAGUCAAGGCUGUUCCUGAGGGCAGUGUCGUUCCCAGGGGGAAUGUGCUCUUCACUGUUGAAAACACCGAUCCAGACUGUUACUGGCUCACAAACUGGAUCGAGGUAAUUAAUGACAAAAUAUCUCUGUGAUUGAUGAUAACUUUCUAGCUAAUUUGCUAUAUUUUCAACAUGCCCUGAUCAUAUAUUUGAAUCUAUCGUUUAAAGACGUCAGUCUGCCCUUUGAUAUGAGGAAACACAUAAUUAAAUACAACUUGUGCUAAUUGUACUGCGUUCCAUGUGCUUUUAGACUACACUCAAAAGGCAUUGGCUUAUUCCUUUGCAUGGGUCUCUUUUUCCCAGAUGUAUGUAAGGCGGCUUGUAUUUCUUACUGAUUGGCCCACAAGCUGAUUAAUCAAGUUUCCUAGGGUUAUGAGUUUUAAGAUUGAAGCCAUGUGUGCCCUGUUUGGUAUAAAGUGGUGCCAAGGCAUCUUUUAUGCAGAAGAGAGGCCUCUUGUCAAGCUGUGUGCAUGGUUCCACCUCUCCCUUCUGUCCCCAAAGGGCAACUGGUUCUUUAAGAGUGUCACUAUUUCCCCCCCAUCUCUUUAUGCUAAAGCACACUUAUGCUAAAACUAUAUCAAGCACAUCUGUAAAAGCUGGUUGGCAAAGAAAAUCAGGUUUGGAAGGCCUGUAUAAAUAAAAGUUUUCAGAAGAUGUCUGAAAGCAUGCAGGGGUGAUUCCUGCUGAACCUGUAUUGGCAAGGAGUUUCACAGGGCAGGACAUGCCACGCUAAAGGCCAGUUCCUUAUAAAGGCCAGAUGAACCUCAGGGUCAUGGGGAGCACCAAAAAUGCCCCACCAGAAGACCUCAGCAUUUGAAGUGGAGUUGCCAGUAGCUGCAACUUCCAGACCAGAUACAAGGGUGAGCUCCACAUAAAGCACAUUGUAGAAAUAGAGUCUUGAGUUUUCCAUGACUUACUAGGCUCCUAUCACAACCACCAUCUUAUGCCAUCCUUUCCCCCUCCCAAACUCAGUGAAAAUUAAGCCCAGUCGUGCUUAUUUCUCCACAGAUGAAAUAUUUGUAUUUCUGUAAUUACUUCUUAAAUGUAUUUGUAUGGGUUUGAAAACCUUUAAUACUUCAAGAGAAUUUUCAAACUUGGAAAGCGCCAAUAGAAACCUGAAUUACCUUUGUGCAUAUAUGAAAACUACCUGCCAUAUCUAAUUUGAUUCUGUAUUGUAGUUUCCAUUUAGUGGAAAGGUUCAUUUUCCCUAUUGUAUCUAGGAGUGGGUAUCUUCACACUUACGCAUGAAACAUUUUUCAUCUUUAUAGACUAUUCUUGUUCAGUCAUGGUAUCCCAUCACAGUGGCCACAAACUCCAGAGAACAAAAGAAAAUCUUAGCAAAAUAUCUGCUAGAAACCUCAGGCAGUUUAGAAGGUCUGGAGUACAAACUACAUGAUUUCGGUUACAGAGGAGUCUCUUCGCAAGAGGUAAUGCUAUUUUAAAAAAUGUAUUGAAAUUACAUAUUAUCUUUUUUUCUUUCUAAAAUUGGAAUCCAUAAACUUACACUGUAUAAUGUGUAUUUCUUCUUGCAGCCUUAAAUUCUUCAGUAAUAGUCAAUAAGUGUGGCACUUCAUAUCUUAUUUACAUUGUCCUGCAGAUAUUAAGACCAAAUGAAGAGAGAGUACUUAUUAAUGUGGAGUUACUCUGCUCUGAAAUGGAAUCUUCUAGUGAUUGCUAUUUUGGUUUUGCAUGCCUGUAAUUCAUAAUUGUGUCUUAUUCUCAGACUGCAGGAAUAGGAGCCUCUGCACAUUUAGUGAACUUUAAAGGAACUGACACAGUAGCGGGAAUUUGUUUAAUUAAGAAGUACUAUGGAACGAAAGACCCUGUGCCAGGCCAUUCAGUACCAGCUGCAGAACACAGGUAUCUAUUUCUUUGAUGCACUGUAUGUGGAAAUCAAGUGCAGAUUAGCUGAAGGUCUGGUCCUCCAGCAUCUUUGAGGACCACGUGUCCUGUUUUUUUUUAAAAAAAGGAAGCACAUACCUUGAACUCAAAUUAUUAAACAGUUCAUUAACAAGUUGAUAAUUACAGACAAGCAAUUAUAGCUGUUGAUUCUGCUUGUUUUAUAUGUUCAAAUGUAGUAGCAUUCAAUUUUCUUUUUGACUCUGAUUUUACAUUAUUUAAUUAGUCAGUAAAUUCUUGCCUGAAUAGUUAGUUACCAGGUCCCAGGAAGAUAGAAGUUUGAUUCAGCAACUUUAAUAUGUAACAUGUUUUUACAGCUUGUUCUUGCCAUAUUUUUGUGAUCUGAGCAAUAACUAUUAGAAUAAUUAUUUAAUGUGUCAUAAUUGGCAAGCUUGAUAUUUAGUUAAUGAGAAACUGAGUACCUCUUUUGUCAGCAUGUCCAAUUUUUCCAUCGCUGUCAAAUGCUUCCACUACAAUAUAAAAAGCUUGGGUUUUUGGAGUGUUCCAGAGCAGAAAGUUUGAGUAUGUAUAGCACAGCAAAAUGAGUCAGUGCUGCUUAACCCAGUCCCCCUCCCCCAAUUCUAAGUGCUCCUUAACCCAUUAAUAACCAUGUUUCAUAGGUCAGUAUGAACAGAUUGAAUAACUUGUAUGCAACGUUCAAAGAAAAGUCGCGCUGGAAAAAACCAGGGUGCCUAAAUAUUUGAUACUUGCACUUUUGUUCAAUGUGUAUGGGUGAAAUGCAGCGUGGGGAAUAAUGUACCAUAAAGUUGAUAACUCAGUAUGAUCAGGUACAUAACUGUCCUAAAAAUCAUGCUGAUGUGAGCUGCUGAAGUCAGUGGUAAAUUCCAGUGCCUUUCUACUACACACAGUCCUUAUUACCUUUUGGCAAGAAUAUAGUUUGAUUUUUAUAUUCUGUUUCUUACUUACACUGUCUUUAAAAUGUUAAUGAUUUGGGUACUUUCUUUGCUACUCAACUGUCUAAGAGAUACUUGGUAGACCUUGGAACUGUUUUUGUAUAAGAUGGUUCUUUAGUAUACAUAAGAUCUUACUUCCUGAGAAAUCUGAUUACACCCUUGGGAUUAAGUGCAGAUUUAAUCUCCCAGCAAUUACAGUCAUACCUCGGCUCCCGAACGCCUUGGGGGAGUUGAACGUUACAGCUCCUGAACGAUUGAAAACCAGAAGUGAGUGUUCUGGUUUUUGAACUUUUUGGGGGGAAGCCAAACAUUCGGUGCAGCUUCCGCUAAUGUUUCUGAUGCGCCUGCACAAUUGGAAGCUACACCUUGGUUUCCAGGCGUUUCAGAAGUCAAACGGACUUACAGAACAGAUUCUGUUUGACUGCCGAGGUACGACUGUAGUCUGACAUUCUGCUGGUACCCCAUGUUCGCUUGUGUGCAUACAGUUGAUCAGGGUGAGCAUUAUUACUGCUAUCUUGAUACCUGCCCGCCAAACCUGGGAAUAACCAAGAACUUCUAAGAAGCAGUUAAGAUAUUGGGCUUAAUUAGGCAGCAAAAAUUGUUCCACAUGAAUGAAAGCAGAACAUGAAUAAACUUUGUAGUGCUCCAGAAAGCAUCACUGAUUGAAACCUGUACUAUCGGUUGGUUAAAAAGUAGUGUGAAGAUAAGGAAUGGUUGCAUUUGUAUUAGCAUAGAUUAGAGUUGUCUGCCGCAUGCUAAAAGGAAAACAUAGCGUGGCAACGAAAUAUCAAAUGACUAAAUCUCUUCUGUUCUUCCAGUACUAUAACAGCUUGGGGGAAAGACCACGAAAAAGAUGCUUUUGAACACAUUGUGACACAAUUUUCUUCAGUGCCUGUAUCUGUGGUCAGUGACAGUUACGACAUUUACAAUGCUUGUGAAAAGAUAUGGGGUGAAGAUUUAAGACAUUUAAUUGAAUCAAGAAGUGCAGAAGCGCCACUGAUUAUUAGGCCAGAUUCAGGGAAUCCUCUUGACACUGUGCUAAAGGUAAUUCUUUUAAAAAUCUUCAGUUUUUAAACUUACUUAAUGAAGUUAUUUGGGAAAGACCUUUUCUUUUAGUCUAAUGCCAUUUCUACUCUGUUACAAAACUGUAUGAUUGACAAAAUCGUUUAUCUAAAAUUACUUAGAAAUUUCUAUCUGGACUUCACUAGCUAUGCCUACAGAUAAUUUUUGUUGGAUCUGUUCAGUUUCUGUAUCUAAAUAUAUUUAUGAGCUAUGCUGACGUUUAUUAAACUGGUGUCUGGCAUAUAUUAAGUUUCUAUAGAAAGACCUAAACAUCUCAUAUAGUUAACCUGAAAUUCAUAAAGUGACCUGGUUCACACAUUAUGGCAAGCAAAAUUAUGCUUGGGACCAUGCAUACUACGUUGGCUUCCAGAGAGAAGCUGGCAACCCCUUUGUUCAGGCAUAGGUAAACUCGGCACUCCAGAUGUUUUGGGACUACAACUCCCAUCAUCCCUAGCUAACAGGACCAUUGGUCAGAGAUGAUGGGAGUUGUAGUCUCAAAACAUCUGGAGGGCUGUGUUUGCCUAUGCCUGCCUUUGUUCCUUCCCAGUGCUUUUAGCACAGUGUAGUGGCCAAGUCAAGAUUAGGCUUUUCUUGGUUAAGGGCUUUUCUUCCUUAACCACAGCCUGUAAUGAUAGCUCAAGCCUUUUCUGUGCUAAAAGGGCUAAAAAGAAAAGGACUCUGGAGGAGCGCAGUGAGUGCAAGCAUAUUUGCAUGGUCCCAAUAAGUCAUAUAGAUCAUGACAUAGGAAUGAGGCCACCAAUGCAAGAUAAUUCAGGCCAUGCAUGGGAACCAGUGACCUAAUCGGCAUGUGGCUUUGCACUUGGCUGUGCAGAAAGUGGAUUUCACAAGCUACGUUGCUAAGAGCACGUAAAGAUAAUACUGGUGUGUCAUGUAGUGAACAGAGGACCUCACUGCCCUGGCCAUAUUUCAUAUAGACACCAGUUUUGUGUGGAUAACUAUUUGAACAUGUUAUAAUAAUAUAUAUUGUUUUGAUUUAUUAGUGUAUCCUUGAUGAUAUGUAUGUAUUAUAUUUGUUUAAUCCUUUUAUUUUUUUCUCUUUGUUAGCUAUGCAAUUUUUUAAAAAGACAUUCAUAACCCCAUAAAAUCAAAAUCCCAUAAAACUAAACUGUUUGCAAUACAUAUGUUUUGACUAGUAGGUUGCACCACUGAGUCUUUUCAUUCUUACAUAUAGCUGCCUGUAAAUUGAUUGUCCUAACCCUUCCUUUCUGAACCGUCAUGGAUGGUAGCAGGAUAGCAUAUUAUUUAAGUGAAGUAGUUCUAAGCUAUCAGUUUGUUCUUUUGCAUAGGACACAUCUCAAUUAUAAUUACAACAGCAUUUUGGGGUGGGGGUGACAUCACUAUUUCCAGGAUAAUAGUUUAGAAUGGUGACUUCCAGACUAGUUUCUGAAAUUUGGGGAUUCCAGCUUUGGCUUUCAGAAAUUUAAAACAACACUGUAUAGUGCCGCUGCGUUGCCAAUAAAAGUUAAUGAUUUCAGUUUACCAGCACAAUGGAGUGCUUGAUAAACAAUGACAAAUGUUUCAGCUGCUGCUAUCUACAAAAACAAAUACAAAUAUAUCUGGUUUGUUUAAAUUGGCACAGGUUCCAGUGGCAGAAUAUUGUACAAUUUUAAGGCAUUACUGAGACCUGAGGAAAGACCUGAGUAGGCACAAACAAUUUUGUAAUUAAAUAGAGCCGUAAAUCUCAAAUUAAGGCUUCGGAUGAGCUAGUGACUUUAGCAGGCAGCUAUGCAGAAGGUAACAGUAAGACUUGAACACUUCUUACUAUAACAAAUUUUCAACUAACUUUCUAGUCAAGAGACACGAGUAGUUAAGGCCUAAUCCUAAGUAAAUAGGACUACUGCUUUUUGGAAGCUUUCUACAGUUGUACCUUGGAUCCCAAACGCCUUGGGAGUUGAACGUUUUGGCUCUCGAACGCAGCAAACCCGAAAGUGAGUGUUCCGGUUUGCGAACGUUCUUUGGAACCCGAAUUUCCGACGUGGCUUAUGCAGCUUCCAAUUGGCUGCAGGAGCUUCCUGCAUCCAAUCAGAAGCCACACUUGGUUUCCGAAUGUUUUUGAAGUCAAACGGACUUCCGGAAUGAAUUCUGUUCAACUUACAAGGUACAACUGUACUAAAAAUCCAACCUCGCAAACUUAGUUUACUUUUAAGAAUAUCACAGUCUGGCUUCCCUAUACCAAGUCGUUGCAUUGGUCUAUCUCGUUCAGUGUUCUCCACACACGGGUUUCUUGACAAGGAAUAUUCCCAGCAGGGAUUGAGCCUUGGGAGUUGUAUGCCUCAAUACAGUGGCUGAGUUCCUUUAUGUUCACCUUCUUGAAGCAUAAAAUUUUGACCCAAGGCACACAUAUUGGUAUGACUUAACUGGCUUAUUCAAUGGAGUAAUGGACUUAAUUGUUUAAUUUGGCUUUCUGCAGGUUUUGGAGAUUCUAGGAAGGAAGUUCCCUAUUACAGAAAAUGAAAAAGGCUAUAAAGUGUUGCCCCCUUACUUAAGAAUUAUUCAAGGAGAUGGUGUAGAUAUCAACACAUUACAAGAGGUGCGCCUUUUUUAUUAAUAUGUAGAUUGCUUCUUCAGUGUCUUCUCUGACACAGCAAUUAAAUAAGAUGUUCAGAGGGGGGAAAUGAUUAACAACUUUGUUUUUGUUCACGUUUUCGUUCAUAUCAUUCCCAAAUGGGUCAGUGUGCCUGACUAGAUGGUUGCUAGCCUGAGCCCACCCAGGAUACCAGGGGGUUGGACUAGAUGACCCUCAGGUCUCUUCCAACUCCAUGAUUUAGGAUUGUAUGUCACAGCUUAGUUUUAUCUGGCCUCUAAUGCGAUGCCAAAAAUACCCCUGCCCUGCCAAGGGAUCCCAUUGAAAGCAGAAAUCUGGCCGGCUGUUAACUGGCUGCAUCUAGCCUUUGAAAGCUGUAUUCAGACUGAAGGCUAUCCAGUGCUGUGAAAGACACUACCUUGAAAGAAGAUGUCUUGAAACAGCUGAGAGCUGCCUAAUCUCAGGAUAACACUCGAUAGCGACCCACCCCCAGCCUAAGGAGGGAAGCCACCAAAGAUGCAGAUUAUCUGGCACAGAAGAGCCUUUGGAAGGUGAGGAGAGAGCGCACCUGGUCAGGCAAUUCUCCUGGAUGUUUCUCUGGGGCUCUUCUAAUAGUGGUACCCAGUAUAGACAGGAAGAUGAAAUAGGGUGUGGGAAAUUGGAGAGCGAAAAGAGUUAUGAAGGUGUAAAUAGAGCAGGAGCUGAUCUGUGCUUUCAAAGGCAUUUCUUGGACCAUUAAACCACAGAAAUCAAUUGCUCACUCAUUUGUGUGUUUCUGUGGUUCAAUAGAUUAGUAACAGCUGUAGUGCAUGAACAUUGCUAGUUGUCACUUGGCAUACAAAAGCACCAUCUAACCUUGAACUGAAAUAACAUGUGAGCAAACCUUAGCGGAAGGGAGGAAGUGAAGUCCAAGUGUUUGUCUUUCAGCUGGAAAAAUAAAUGGUGUUUUUAUCCUCACAUGUUGCUGUAAAGUCAGUAUCUUUGUGUUUAAAAUAUGCCUACCUACCAGUGCAGUUGUUUCCCCCAAAGAUAAUUAAUUGCACUUUUAUGCAUAUUACGGUAUUUGUUGGCAGCAGUUUGCUGUAACUACAUGAAACAUUUUCAGAGGGUUUGCGAAGUAUCAUUGAGCCUUAAAUAGUCUAAAGUUCCUGUUUCCAUAAUAUACGCUAGUCUGUAAAAGAACACCAUGGUAAAUGCUUAAUAGGAAAAAUGUCUUAUUUGUGCACCUCUUAAUUUUAUUUUAUUGCUUUCUUAUUAGAUGGUGGAAGGAAUGAAACAAAAUAAAUGGAGCAUUGAAAAUAUUUCAUUUGGGUCUGGUGGAGCUUUACUGCAGAAAAUAACUAGGGAUCUCUUGAAUUGUUCCUUCAAAUGCAGUUAUGUGGUAACCAACGGCCUUGGGGUAUGUUCUUUAAAUGUAGAUUUUACAUUAGAAAAAAAAAAAGGGCCUUGAUUUUAUUCUUCAGUGUGAAUGUGCUCAUCUUUUACUCAUAGCAUCUUUUUAUUCCAAAUUUUAGGUAAACGUGUUUAAAGAUCCUGUAGCUGAUCCCAACAAAAGGUCAAAGAAAGGCAGGUUGUCUUUACACAGGACUCCUGAUGGAGACUUCGUUACGCUAGAAGAAGGCAAGGGAGACCUUGAAGAAUAUGGGCAGGUAUGUAUGCCUUAAACCCUUGAUGUAGGGUAAUAUCAAAAGUUAGUCAUGCAUAGUCCCAUUUGUGGACUUAAUUAAUUUUUAUAGCAUGCUGAAUACAGUUGAUGUUCAUUAAUUGUAGCAUCAGGUGAUUACUUGAACGUGUGAACCAAUCAGCACCAGGAAGAACCUGAGUAUUAACCAAUGCCUAUUCCAGGACAAUCAUUUUCAGUUGCAAUAGUUCACGUUUUUAACAGAGCCGUAAAGGGAUAAGACAUACAAGUGUGUGAAUCAGCCCAUGGUUCUAUUUUAAUAUGGGUUUUAACUUAAAUCAUAAUUACCAUGAUACGUAAAUUAAUAAACUCAGAGUUAAAGCUGUGGCUUCUCCAAGUUUUGAGUUUAUGUGCUGCUGAAGCAAGCACACUUUGCCAGGUUUGAGGAGCCCAGUUUGAAAUAGAAUCUGUUAGACAUUAAUGUUCAUUUAGGGGCUAAUUGUCCAUACAAUUGUCCACUCUCAAGCCCUAGGCACAGUUAGCUGCUAAAAGAGGUAAGAUGUUUCCUCCAUUUAUUCAAACAGAUUUAUAUACUGCUUAACAACAACACCAGCAUUCCAAGUGGUUUACAAAAUAUUCAUUAAAAUACAGAUAAAAUCAACCAACUUUAAAAACAAGUAGGUAGAAAAGGUAGAAAAGCAACAGUCUGAAAGACAGAUAUAGAGAAUAAAAUCUAUGUUCCCUGCCUGUCUCUGGGGGACUUCAAAUUCCUCCCAGCCUGGCUUAUAUGUGUCUGAGUUUGGAAUGAUGAGCUGUGUCGCUCUUGAGUUGAGGGUCUUCAUCUGCCAAAGCAGACUCCUUGACAUUGACAGGCCAAAUACUGUUUUAUUAUUGAAACUAAGAGAAAAUGGUGUCUGUUUGCAGGAUCUCCUUCAUACAGUGUUUAGGAAUGGAAUAGUAACGAAGUCCUACUCGUUUGAUGAAGUAAGAAAAAAUGCCAAGCUGAAGAGUAGUGAACUGACAGAGGCAUCUCACUAAAGUUUCAUUCCAUGUUUGUAUUUGUGUAACAACUGUGUACUGCAUAGCUAAUGAUUUCUUGUACAGAUCUGUGUGUUUCUGUUUGCCACAUUAUAGCCAAAUUAUUUUGUUGGUUUAUGGACAUCACUGCCCUCUCUCUUCUUUUCCUUUAUUUUUGCCAGCCUUUAGAAAAAAAAUGGAGUUGGGAAAACACUUGCAGUGUAAAAUAUGUGCUUCUAGGAGUCCUUUGGUAUUCAAUCUGGUAUUGCGCUCCUCAUUGAUGAGACACAACUGAGACUUUUUAUACAUAUAAAUAUAUAUAUAUAUAUAUAGCAACAUACCACAAAACAGAUCUGCAUAAAAGUAUCAUUGCUUUAUGUUUAUAUUUACCUUGUAUUUUUGUACAAACAAGAUUGUGUAAAAUAUAUUUAAAAGUUACAAUUAUAAUGUCUUUCCAACUUUUCAUGAUUUUUAUGAGCACAGACUUUCAAGGAAAUAUUUUGGGGUGGGAGGAAUACAUUGCCUUUGUGUCCAUUGAUCAGCAAAUAAAACAUGGCCUUAAGUUUUGUUGUGACAACUGUACUAUUUGGAAGUUUUAAUCAGGAUAGCUCCCUCAAAACCCACAGAGAAAGGGACUUUGCUGUUCAUUGUAGCUACCGGUCAGCGAAACCUCCUGUUCUUGCUGAGGUGCUGUGAGAAUAUAUAAACACAUAAACACUUGCUAGACAGUAGGCGAUAUAACUGGAAUGCCAAAUGAGGAAGGACUUCUUAACUGCAACAGAGAUUGCCAAAUGCACCUCAAUAUUCCAAGAAUAUUGGAAUCUGAAAUCAGUGCAACUCAUUUCCAAGUAAGCAUGAAGGAGAUCUGGCAGCAGAACUUCUAAGGGAUUUCCUUCUGCUACGGAACAUAUAUUUAUAUCUAAAAUAUUGACAGGUAGGGAAGUGAUGUAUUAAAGUAACUACACUUUGGGGUUUAUUUUUACAUAUAUUGUGACAAACCUAAAAGCAGAAUACUGGUCUUAGUUGUGCACUUUUUUACUUUUUGUAUUUUGGUCUUUGAUUUUGCCUUUUUGUCAGACUGGAUGUUGACUUGUAUAGACGUCUUAACUAUUUUUUUUGUUGAACAACUUUAAUAAAACAUUAUACUAGCAAACUCCUUUUACAUUGGUAGCCUCCCCUAUAGGGGAUACUAUGCAGAGGUUAACUAUUUUAAAUACUAAAGGUGACGAAAGGUACUCUUUUCAUGACUGCACUUGAUUCACUUUCUACACAUGCUUUGAAUUUCUUACUAAAGAACAAGUCUGUUGGUGAAUGACUUUGCAUGCUGUAUCAAGUUCUCAGGUGUACAGCCAUACUUCAGGUUGGUAGAAGACAUGGAUUUGUCAGCCUUUCUAGAGGAAGCAAUAUAAUUUUGGUUUGUUAGCUCUGGUGAGGGAUAAAAUCUCGGAUCACUGUAUAGGUGACGCAUAAGUGGGUUUAAACAAGUAUCUGGGAAAUGGUUCAGAAGAGCUCUAACAUAAUGGAGAAAACAAAGAUAAUAUACUUUUAAAAAUGCUUGAAAAGCCAUAUUUUAAUAUUCCUGCUAUGGAACAUAUUUAAUUCCACAGUCCCGAUCUAUUUUGUGUUAGAAGGUUUUCUACGUUAUUGCUAUCAGAAAUAGUGGUUUGGUUAGCACUCUGAACAGUGAGUUUCACUCCUAGAAAUGUCCUUACCCUGAUAACUGAAGUAGCUUGUCUUGGGCUGAAAAAGUUCAAAACUGAUUAAAGGUCAGCAUGGUUAAGCUUCCACAUAAUGUACCUAGGAAAGAUCUGUGUGAUAAGUGGUACAAGAAACCUGGCAAGUCUCUCGACUGAUAUUUUUAUACUUGAGGGCAAUGGAGAGGCAUACUUCUAUGCACCCUACGUUCCCUGGGUGUUUGAUUUCUAAUUAUUUCUGGGAGGGGCAGGUGUGUGGUUUCCCCCCUCUUUGUAAAACACUAGGUUUCCUCACCUAUCCUAGUUGGAAAAUCCUGAGCUCUUACCAUCAAGGAUUUAGUGUUAAGAUGGUUGACACCUGAAACGUGAAGUAAGUUUGGUGUUGGAUACAACUUUACAGAGCUUGAACCUUAAAUAUCCUAAUUCUUCCAUGCAAAAGCAAGCAGUGUGUUUGGGUUUGCUUUUAUCAAUUAGGAUCGUAUGGACUCUGAUCUUUAGCUCCCAUUUCAUUGUAGUGCAGUACUUGUUUUUAAAAACGGCAGUUGGGAAGCUUUGUGUUUAAUUUAUUUGUAACCUGUAUUUAACAUAAGAAAUUAUUUUUAUGACUAUUUUUUUCUCAGAGGAAUGAUUAUGAAAUUGAUAUGAAAUCUUUUUAUAGCAAAGAAUCCACCUUGGAAGAUUUGAGAUGUAUUUAUUGUUUGCCAAAAUUCAAAAAGUAAACAGAAUUUUCUCUAGUUUUACAUUCCUUCUUAACCUACUUAGCCGAGUAAGUAUUCUUCACCUAAAUACUGUGUUUUAGUCAAAAUGUACUUUGCAUUAAAGACAAAUGUAAUAAACAUGGAAAUAAAGUUUUAGUUCCAGUAGUAAAACAUAUAGCUAUUUGAUUUUAUUUCAGACUUGUUCUUUUUGUUUGUCAAAAAUUACUUACAGACGAAAGGGUGAUGCUGUAAGCCAGGGAUGGCCAGCCACUGUAUUCUGCUUGGCCACUUUAUUUCCCAAGCCUUGCAAUCUAUUUUAACAUGCAACCUGAACCCAUUGUGGAGAGUCAAGUUCUAUAAUCAAACUGGCACCACACUGCACUAAAUGGCUUCACAGGUAUGGAGCGCAUUGGCUUGCAUGGUGUGAGGUCACUGACUCGAGAAGCUGAACGUGAAUGUGCUUCCUAAAAGAUCUGCCAGAUCAGCAGCGGUCCUUUGUCUGCCUUGAUAAGGAACAGCAAUACAAUAUAUUGUCUGUAACGCUCUGGGCAACAGUCCCCAUCCCCUGCUCACUGCACCUUGAAUAAAAAAUGAUACGGUCAUCUAGGAUGACACAUACUUUCUCUGCAUCCUGCAUCUAUGCCACAGCCUGCCAGCUGGCCAUCCCUUCUGUAACCCAAAUAACCUGGUUAAAACAUGCAGUUCUUAAAGAUUUCUAGUGGUCUACGGUGUGUCUUGAGUCUCACACUUUUUGAUGGAACACAAAUAUUUCAAUAAAAUACUUUU